CGGAUAUUACCGCGGGGCUGAGGUCAGAAGUUCUCUCUCACAGCCAUCUUGGAUAUAGCAUCCCGAAUCGCAACCAUGCCUGGUGAAGCAACAGAAACGGUCCCAGUCACCGAGCAGGAGAUGCAGCAGCCUCAAGUGGAGACCGCUACACCUCCUUCCCAAGCUGCGACCCUGAAACCUCAGGCUGCUACUGGCCAUGUAAAGCCCAAAGGCAAAGAUGCCAAGAAUCCGCAGGGUUCCUCUGCCCCAAAGUCUGUCCCUGGCAGAAGAAAACGCUCCUCUCUGUCUGCCUCCUCUCCCACCUCACCAAAAUCUACUUCCUCCACUACUCCCCUGUCGCCCGUGCCAUCGCCCCUAGCUGGCUCUCCUGGGGGCUCCUCUGCUAAUCAGGCUAACCGCUUUACCCCAAAAGUUGUCAAGGCUGGCAAACAAGGAAGAGCUAUGAAGGGAGAGGCAUUUGUGCCUACUCCGGCCCCUGUAGAGUGCAAAGUCACCCCAGUUCUUGAAAAACCAGUAGAGGCUAGCCCCAAGCAAAUGAUAGUUGAAGCUGAACCUGCCCCAGCAGCUGCUGCAAAGCCUGUUGUAUGCCCAGCUGCUUUCAAAGUUACCUCAAAGCCUGCUGUGGCACCCCCAGUUUCAUUUUCAGAAGCUCUUGCCUCUAGCCCUCCUGCAGCUGUUGAGGUUAAGAAAGCUUUACCAAGCCCUGUCCCUAAUUUUGCAUCAACUGAUGAUCUCCCUCCACUUAUCCCACCUGUGAAGCCAGUGACUGUGCCUAUAACAGCCCCAGUGAAAAUGGUUGAGGUUGCUAAAGAGGUAUCUCCAAGCAAACCUGCUCCUGUUGAGGUUAAGCCAACUGCUAAACCCACACCUGCUCCCGUUGAGGUUGACAUGCCUAAACCUGCUCCCAUUGAGGUUAAGCCAGCAGCUAAGCGUAAACCUGCUCCUGUUGAGGUGCCCAAACCUGCUCAUGUUGAGGUGCCCAAACCUGCUCAUGUUGAGGUGCCCAAACCUGCUCCCAUUGAGGUUAAGCCAGCAGCUAAGCGUAAACCUGCUCAUGUUGAGGUGCCCAAACCUGCUCAUGUUGAGGUGCCCAAACCUGCUCAUGUUGACGUGCCCAAACCUUCUCAUGUUAAGGUGCCCAAACCUGCUCAUGUUAAGGUUGAGCCUGCAGCUGAGCUUAAACCUGCUCCCAUUGAGGUGCCAAAACCUGUUCCUGUUAUGUGUGAAAAGCCAGCAAUGGUUGAGGUUAAGGCGGUGCCUACUGAGGUUGCCAAGCCUUCCACACCACAAGCUGAUCCCUCAUCUGCUCCCUUAAAACCUGCUCCAGUUCAGCCUUCCUUCCUUCAGCCAGUUCCUUCCCCAGCUCCCCAUAAACUUUCAUUUGCUGAGGCAGUUGCAAAACCUGCCCCUGUUAAACCUGUAGUUGAGCUAGUCACACCUUCUGAGCCCAUCUCACCACCCAAAACAGCUAAAACCCCAGUCAAGGUGGAACCUGUGAUCAAGAACAACAAGGGAUCCGGUACAGAGUCUGACAGCGAUGACUCAGUCCCUGAUCUGGAGGAACAGGACUCUGCACAGACACAGACACAGCAGGCUCAGCUUGCAGCAGCAGCUGAAAUAGACGAGGAACCUGUCAGCAAAGCCAAACAGAGCCGCAGUGAAAAGAAAGCACGAAAGGCAAUGUCAAAGCUUGGUCUCAGGCAGGUAACGGGCGUCACCAGGGUCACUAUUCGCAAGUCAAAGAACAUCUUGUUUGUCAUCACCAAACCAGACGUCUACAAGAGCCCUGCAUCAGACACAUACAUCGUCUUCGGUGAAGCUAAGAUCGAAGAUCUUUCCCAGCAGGCCCAGCUGGCUGCCGCAGAAAAGUUCAAGGUACAGGGAGAAGCAGUUUCAAACAUCCAGGAAAACACACAGACGCCAACCGUACAGGAGGAGAGCGAAGAAGAAGAGGUGGAUGAGACCGGAGUUGAGGUCAAGGACAUCGAACUCGUUAUGUCACAAGCCAACGUGUCGCGAGCGAAGGCUGUACGCGCUCUGAAAAACAACAACAAUGACAUCGUCAAUGCUAUUAUGGAGUUGACAAUGUAAUGGGAUCCUGGCACAAAAGGGUUAAAGAAAGGUUGCUGAUUUGAGCUCGUUUAUACAAUUUAUACCCAAGAUGGAAAUAAAGUUGUGGCUUGAUAAAAUGUAA